AUGGAAGGGCCUAACCACAGCGCAGACAAGUCGGAAAGUGGACCCCGCGGUACAAACUCGGCGAACACCACGUUCUCGUUCGAGAUGCUGGACAUGAUCAUCACGGGCGGCAGCCAUGGCCUAUCGAAGUCGCAAGAGAAGGAGACGAACCGUAAGACAGAAAAUAUAACAGAGAAGGGGCUCUUCGGUGCGUCCGAAGAGCGCGUAGAAAUUUCGUGCGAAGCAAAAGGAAAAAAGCGGAAAAGCUCUAUCCGUGAGAAAACAGCCAACAGUUAUGGGGAUGCAGUUGAAUUUAAGAAGCAAUUUCAUAAUUUGGGGAAAAAGGAAAAAAAAAAAAAAAAGGUCUAUAAUAUGAACUCCGAGGUAGCAGUAGGCAGCGGUUCGGAAUUUCCCCUUGUGGGUGAGUUUCUGCCUGUAGAGGAUACACCUGUUUUAGCUUCAUGUAAAGGGGAUACGCCACUUCCUAGCGCUUUGAUGGACUGCCUAAGUGGUAGUAAUAGCAGCGGAGUGGAACACUGCCGCAUGAGUAUAGAAAGUAACGGACACAAUGGUACGAAUGGUCAGAAUGGAAAUCACAUGAACAAAGAGGAUGUGGAAUCGCAAUUGGCCAAAAUGGAACAAACGGAUGAGGAAGUCCUCCUCUCAGGCAACAUCGAUUGUACCAACUGUAAGUACUACUUAAAAGAAUUAACGAGCAGGAACUACAUGGACUUCUCCUACAUGGAUCAGUACAUCAGUGAGGGGGAGAGGAACCUACUUUUAUUAAAAAAUAAGAAAAUUGAGGAAUUAGAAAAUGAAAACAAAUUAAUGAAACACAGUAUGAAAAACUUAAAAGAGGAAAACCGUUGUCUGGAGAGUAAAUUAGACAAAGUCGCCGACAGCUUAAGUGAUUUGAGGAGUCACAUGGACAAGUUAAUGGAAGAAAAUAAAUCACUGAAAGAGGUGAAUAAACGUCUGCGUGUGAAUCUGCAGAAGGGACAGUCGUGUAGGAAAGAAGUGGAAGAAACGAACAGGGAAUGCGCGGACAAAGAAGAUGCAUCUUCUUCAGCGCGUGGAAGACAGGAUCCCCGCGGAAGGGAUUUUGAGAACUCAAUCGAUAAUGAAUUAUUUAACGAGCUUUACUGA